GACGUUCGAAGUAGCGUUAACAUGAAAACUUCAACCAUGAUUUCGACUCUUUGUUUCUUUUUUAUUUUGUCUUCUUUUUUCCAGUUCUCGGACGCAUUUGUCUCUAACCAAGUUGGUAGAAGAUCUUCUAAGGUAGGUAUUGAAUACUUUUUAUUUCAUCUCUGAGAAAUUGUUUUGUCAAUGGCAACGUUUAGUACCGGUAAAAUGGACUUUAGUGAGUUAUGUCUUAAAUUUGGGGGCAUCACUUUUACUUCAGAGCAAUGAGAUUUACUUUAUAAACAAUAUUUUCCUCCUUAUUACAAACUUUUCUUUGACUACUGGUUCACUGGUUCACUGGCCAUCACUUCCGUCAGUGAUCUACGGUGAAUAUAUCAGUACGGUUCAAAUAACUUACCGUAGUUAUUCGGUUAUAAGGCGCACCGUUUUUUUCAAGAAAUUCCUAAUUUCUACUAAAAAUUACCGCCAAAGUUUGGGUGCGUCUUAUAGGCGAAUAUUUUCCGAAACAAUUUUUUUUAUCACAGUUACUGGUACGAUUUCAAGCAAAUAAAAGGACACACAGUGUUGAGCAUUGACUUUUAUAAAUAUGGCGGUUCUGAAAAGACAAGCGAAGUCAAAUUUGCAUAGAUAUGUUACGUGCUCGAGAGCGCGUGCUUAGUAAUUUGAUACGUCACAAAACGAAACGAAAAUAAACAAGCGAAGAGAUAAAUACCUUCUUCAUCCAUUCAGCCUUUUUUGUGCACUGCGACCUGCAUUCUUGGCGGUACGUUAAUUCUUGUUUAAUCAAAGCUUUUGUUUGUGCGCGUGGUCGCGUGUGCGACAAUUCUGCUUUUGUUAAUUAACGGUAAACUAAAAUCAAUAGGCGACUUUUUCGCUUUUUUGUAAGUUUAUGAAAGAAUUUACAAUAAACUUGACCGAUCUUUACUCCCCGAACAACGGUGCGCCUUAUAACCAAGUAUUUCAGCGAUUUUCUCAGUUUGAAAACAUGCAAUAAUGAAGUUGCCGAAUUGGGGGUGCGUCUUAUAGCCGAGUGCGCCUUAUAACCGAAUAACUACGGUAAUUCUAAGUAUUCUAGUUCUAGGUAUUCCAAGUAAUACUUAGACUUCGUAAAGCACUCCCUAAAUAAAACCCUAUUUUCUUUAUUCUUUAAAGCAUGAAAGAAAUCUUCAAGAUAUUUGCCGGUUAGCCUACGAACAAUGUGGUGCCCUGGGACCUGAGCAGCAAUCACGUGACUCAACGGUUGAAGACGCUAGGCUCAAGAGAAGAGACAUUGAGUUUUUUUAUUGAUAGCAAAAUAGCACAAUUCACGGCGCCAUCGAAGAAAAUUGUUGUUUCUGUAGCGUUUUAGCGUUG